UUAUCGUCCGGUGUUGAAGGUGUCCCAUUAGAUAUUCAGCCUCGGGAAGAUCGAUCACGAGGAGAGACGGUGUAAAUUUACGACGUGAAAAAAUAGGAACUCUGCUUCUAAAAGAGGCUUUUUUGAAGAUUUGGCAAACGCCACCAUCUUUCGAAGUGGAUGAGGAAUUUCUAUUUCGACAUUAGCACCAUUAUUUGAACACUGUUUUAGUUGCAACAACAUUCCUGCGUAGUAGCACAAAAUGGCUUCGGAACCCUCUCCUGCAGUCGAGAAAGCCGAGUUCUGCGAGGAUCGACUCCAGGAGCUGCUGAGCAGCAAUGUUAGCAUCAAAGCCUCGCAGUUGAAAUCACUAGAUCCAAACUGUUUCCAGCGCUUCACGGCUGACGAAAGGCGCGCAGUUGCCAACGUGCCCGUCCCCUUCUGCCGCCUGAUGGCUCGUUUUGUUUUGGAGUUAGAAGACAGGUGUACGGCAGAGCAGGCUGGUCCCCUACUGAACGUCUCCCUGCCGUUUUUGAUGUGUACGCUUUAUGGUCCAACAGAUGGAGGGUUGCAGACGUUUGGGAACCUGGCGCUUUCCGAAUGGCUGAGGGAACGGCAUGCGGUCAUCCUCGAGAAGUUCCGAGGAGCAGAGCUGGAGAUUCAUGCCCUGUUCCUUCCCCCGACGAAGCUCACCCAAGAACCCCUCACAAUGACCAUCACUAUCACCGACACCCUCUUCGAGCAAAUAUUCGUACUUUUCGAACGUGAGGACCGGUGGCAGAGGCGGAAACUGUUCGUCCUCUCGAAUCCGUCCUUCAAUUCCGCCUUGAGCAGUAGACUGGAGCACAGUACUCACCUGCGAGGAGCGGAAGCGGAGCAGGAGCCGGAAGCCGCACACCCAGGAACGGCCGCUGAACAAGCCACGCACUCUAUUUCUUCGGAAGAAACAAUCCCAGUAGCUGAUGCGGAAAAUAUUGAGCAACAGGACAGCGACGAUGUAGUGCCUGGAGUAGAUCAGCAAGAAGAACAGGGCGACGGGAAUAAACUACAACUACACGAUCCCGAUGCCGAAGCAAUACAUCGCACAAAGACUUCUACGAUUGUUGGUAUAACAGCAACAGCAUCGAGUAAAGAACCGCGUGCCAGCUCCUCUUCCACCGCGUCUACAGCUCUACCGAGCUCCGCAGCUAGUACCAGAAGCUCCGGGGCGUUUCCGGGUAUUCUGCAGUUGGAAACGAUGUUGGCAGGGAGGAAAUGCGACAUUCACCAGAUUCCGCCGGAGCUCUGGCGGGAACACAUUUUGAAAUUCCUGUAAAAUUAAUAGAAACUCGAACCUCAGCAACUGGAACAAUACCUAAAACGAAGCGUAUUGUUUGAUCUGAAGCUCAAGUUCCUGAUGAAAAUGAGCUGUAAGUUCGGGUAUGGAGUUAAGUACUUAGUUGUACCUGAAGAUGUUUCUUAUGUCUGUUUCGAACAACGUAUCUUGUUGUAUGCUGACCUAACGAAAAUAUCGCGACCCAUUCCCGUAAAAAUCAAAAAACUCGAGAGGUUCCUGCCGAACUAUUGUAUUUGCUGUUGUUUCGUAGUCGUACAGGUUGAUUUCCGCCUUAACCUAAUCCUGGCACCAGAAGCGAACUCUUCAAUUUUGUAAAAACGUACUAGAGCAUCCAGGUCGCGAAUUGUAGCUCACACACAGAUGCUGAUGCGAACGUUGAAUACACAGAACUUUGCUGAUAAAGCAAUUUUGCAUCUUUGAUCAUGUACAGAAACAUCAAAGCCCCUGAACUCUUUACAACUUUUCUCUACGCCAAUUGUGAUGUAGUCGACCAGCACUACACUUCCUUGA